AUGGGACCCGCGUUCGUCCGUGCUGCACUCGGCAGCGGCAUCCCGGCGAGGAUGUCUGUCGACGUCAACCUUGGACCCCCUCGACGCGUGGCCAACCACUUGGCCUGGUCCGGCGAGCUCGCUGAGUCACUGGAGCACCUGGGGCCCGCAGACGGAUCAGUUCCGUCGCAGCCUGCUCGAGGUUGUGUGCCAUUCGCGCGGGCACGAGUCAUCGGCCACCCAAUGGCGUCGUUGAACGGCCCGCCGUGCUGCGCGAACGCGGCGGUCCGAGGAUGCGCGCGCGUGGCACACAUUCAUUCAUGUGCUUGGCGAAGUGGGGGCAUUCUCUCGCGCGGCGCGCCUGAACGCGGAGCUCUUCUGAUUGCAUCGGCCGGGUUCGGAAAGACGGCGGGAGGGAGCAGCGCGAAGAAGAAGUCUCCGUCUGCGCCCGCACGGGGCAUCGGCGGACGUGAAAAAAGGGCGCAGCGGGAGGCCUCGAAGCCCUGUCCAUGUGGAGGCGGACAAUACGGCAAAUGCUGCCAGCCGUUCCACGACGGCCAGAAGCCCGCUACGCCGGAGGAGCUGUUGCGCGCGCGGUUCAGCGCGUACGGCCUGGGCAAGGUGAAGUUCCUCCUCGACACGCACCACCCGGACGAGCGCGCGGAGGACCUGGAGGCGCGCGUGGUGACCACGAUGAGCAAGUUCGACUACAAGACGUUGGAGGUGGUGGCCAGCGAGGUGGACGACGGCGGGGCGACGAUCGCGUUCAAGACGACGUACACGAAGAAGGGGGGCAGCAUGCGCGGGUACAGCGACGGGCGCGGGCAGCGGCAGAAGGGCACGGAGGUGUUCACUGGCGAGGCGCGCUCGCGGUUCGUCCAGCACGAGGGGGCGUGGAUGUACCACAGCGAGGUGGACGUGUGA